UAUUGUUUUACUUGGAGUAUAGUCCGUCGUAUGUAAUCUUACUUUAUGAUUUAUUUAAGUGCAAUUUUAAAGUUAAUGUUUACGAUCUAGUAUUGUUAUUUUAAAUAAAAAUUAACAAUAUUAUUACUUAUUUAUGGGAAAUUUUCCAUAGAAAUGUGACAUUAAAAAGUAUUUUUAAAAAAAUGACGUGGAAAUGGAUGUCAAUCCGUCAAACAACAAAUUGUCGGUCGAAAAGUCUAAAAGACAAUUGGUUAUUCAACGAUUGGAUUCUAUAAAAAAUCUUUUUGGAUGUGAUUUGCAUAUAACUGAAGAAAGUACUGAUAAUUGUACAUUCAUUGUCAGUAGAUUAGACAAAUACAGAGUAUUAGAUGAUGACUUGAUUAGAAGAUUAAAAUGUUAUGUUGACUCGUUAAAUGAUCUUCAACAAGGAUUAGGAGAAUGUAGCAAUGAUGAUUCAAGUUAUGAUUCAGAUUUUGGAGGUGACGAAGACGCCACUAGUGCUAGUUUUAGUCACCUUGAUAUUAGUCGAACGACUUCAGACACAUUAGGAGCUGAAUAUGCAGACUAUAUUAGUGCUCCAGCAUAUAAAUCUAGAGUUGACUUUGCUCUUAAACUUGGUUAUACUGAAAGAUUAGUACAAGCUGCUUUAAAUAAAUUAGGUUCUGAACCUACUCAAGAUCAACUUUUAGCUGAAUUAAUUAAACUCGGAGCUCAGUGUGGACAUAAAUUAUUAGGCGAUUCUGAUGGAGAAGAAAUUCAAUCUCUUAAUUCAAAUGAUCAAAAUAUACAAUCUCCUAAACUCAGGCACAUUGUUAUUGAUGGAAGCAAUGUAGCUAUGAGUCAUGGUAACAAGGAGACUUUUUCAUGUCGUGGUAUCAAAAUUUGUGUUGAUUGGUUUCGAAUGAGAGGUCAUACAGAUAUAACAGUUUUUGUGCCUAAAUGGCGAAAAGAAGCAUCAAGACCCGAUAACCGAAUUAUUGAUCAAGAAAUUUUAUUAGAUUUGGAGCGUGCAAGGAUGUUGGUUUUUACUCCUUCUAGAGAAAUUGGUGGAAAAAGAAUGGUUUGCUAUGAUGACCGUUACAUUUUACGAUUAGCAGCAGAGUUAGAUGGUGUAGUAGUAUCAAAUGAUAAUUACCGAGAUUUGGCAAAUGAGAGUCCUGCAUUCCGUUCAGUAGUUCAGAACAAUAUUUUAAUGUAUUCUUUUGUUAAUGAUAGAUUUAUGCCUCCAGAUGAUCCUUUAGGGAGGUCAGGUCCAACAUUAGAAGUAUUUUUACGAAGUAAAGCACCUGGUGUUGGUUUAACUGCUGUAAGUAGUGAAACAUGUCCUUAUGGUAAAAAAUGUACGUAUGGAAAUAAGUGUAAAUUUAGCCAUCCUGAAAGGGGACAUCAACCUAUAAAGUCUGUUACUGAGCGAUUAUUAGAACAUGCUCAACGACAAUCUCUAACUAGUCGCCAAGUCAAAGGAAAAUCUAUGAGUUUACCAUUGCAAUCAGGAAGUAUUUCUAAAAAACCUCUUACACGUACUAGAUCAAAUAUCCCUCAAUCUAAUUAUCCUCAACAAUCAUGGGGGAUGUGGAGUUCCAACACUUUUUUAGAAUCAGAAACCGAAUCUGAUAAUCUUCACAGCAAGCUCCAGCGACAAUUAACAUUAAAUCCAAUAUAUGAUCCACGGUUACAACAACUUCGUAAAAGUCAACAUUGCAAUGUUACUAGAAUAGCUUCUGCACCACCAGUACCUGCUCCAAUAUCUACUACACAAUCAAUAGGAGCAAGUUGCUCAGAUCCACAAUUAUUUCCAAAUUACCAGGAAGCCAGGCAUAAACUUUACUAUCAUUUAUCUUCAAUAUUUCCUGAAGAACAAGUGUCCACAGCUAUGCAAUAUUAUCCAAAUGAAACAAAUCCUCAAAAAAUUUGUGCAGCCAUAUUAAACAUGUUUCCCAAAACAUGAUCAAACUAUGAAUUAAUUUAUAUUUUUAAGUGUGAUUUUGUCUACUUUCAGUUUUAUUGACAAGAUGCUGACAUUGAUACAGUGUAUCUAAUUAAUGUGUUGAUUUAUUUUUAAAUCAUGUAUUAUUAUUUUUAAUACUAUGUUAACUACAUUACUUGUAUGUUUAAAGCUUUAAUUUUUGCUAUUGUUUUUACAAAAAUAAAUAUUUGGUAACCUUUUUAAUA